UGUAAUGAAGAAGUUAGUUUGUAUUUUGUUGAUAUCUCUCAGUUUGGCUAAUCAGAUUUAAGGGCCUCUCUCUAAUCCAAUAAUCAAUGAUUUAGAGAGAACUCAUUUAGGAAAAGCAUUUCUGAAAUUACUCACGUUAAAGUCUAAAGCAUAACAAUUCGAUUUUUCUAAACUUUAUGCAGCUUUAGAUGAUUUAGAGAAUUCAAUUAAAUAAAGAAUUGUUGAUGAAGAUAAAGAAUAUUAAUAGAAUGAAGUUUAAUAUUUCACAGAUAAAGAGUUUUUCUCAGGAUAAAUUACUUAAUAUUAAAACGAAGUAUUCCAUUUAUUAAUUUAUCAUAGAUAGCAUCCUUAGAAAUAGAUCUAACAGAUUUCACUGAAAGUAGAAAUUUGUUAUAAAUUGGAUUAAAUGGAAAAGUAGAUGAAUUAAAGGAAGUCUAAUCAUUGACUGAUAGUUUAUAAUAAAGAAUCAAUAAAGAAGAAACAAUUUUCAAAGAUUAAUAAAAUCAAUAUACAAAUGCAGUUUAAGCACUUGAUUAAGCUUUGUAAUUGAUUGGUUAAUUAAGAGAUGGCUCUUUUAUUUAAAAUAGAAAUGUUGUAUUUUUAGAAGAAGGUUUAAAGCAAUUACAACAUCAAAGAAUAAUGUAUGCACCAUUAAUAACUGCUUUUACUUAAAUAAUGGCUCCAAGUUUUAAUGAUUAAGAAGCAAGUACAAAAGUUUAAAGAUUGAUCUAAAACUUAAGAGAUACAAUUGUUAAGAAUAAAAAUGAUUUAGAAAAUUCUUAUUAGUAAAUCAGAGCUAUUGAUGAUCAUAAUUUAAGUUAAUAUAAUUAAAGAAUAUCAAAUUUAUCAACAAUUGUUAUACCAACUAUUCAAGCUGAAAUCUAAACAAGAGAUGGUAUAUAAAAUAUCAUAAUUAUAGCUUAAAUUUAGACCAAAUAAAAUUUAUUAAGAGAUGCUUAAUCAAAUUUUAAAACAGCUUCAGAAAAUUUAGAUAAUACAAAUAACAGAUGGAUAGAAAGGUAUAUAUAUAAAAAAAAUUAAUAGAACUAAUGAACAUAAUAAAUUGCUUGAUCAAUUAAUAACUUAGACAACUCUCUUUCCUAAAAUAGUAACUGAAUUAGAAGGAGCAGGUGUUAGAAGAAGAUGAU